AUGUCGCUCUCGCCCGAGCUGCGCGGUAAAUACACGGAAAUCAUUGACCGCAUCCUGAGCAACAGCGACCUCAAUACCAUUUCCGAGAAGCGGAUUCGCAAAGGGCUCCAGGAUGCGGUCGGCUAUGAUCUCACAGCGCAAAAGGCAUCCAUCAAGGAGCUCAUUAUGCAGCGAUUCGACAUUUUCGCCGCCCAGAAUGGCGCCGCAGAAUCACCGGAAGAAACAAGCAAUGGCCACCCAGAUGGCGAUUCUGCACCUGCCGUACGCUCACCCCCGUCCUCUUCCUCUCCAGUGAAGCGAGAAGCUGUGAGCGCAGAGGCCUCCGAUCACAGUGCCGCCUCCCACCCCCCAAAGAAGCGCAAGCCCAACGCCGAUGUCGAUGCCGAUGCUAUGUUUGCUGCCAGGCUUCAAGCAGAAGAGAACUUGCGUGCGCGGCCAACGAGAGGAGGAAACAGACGCACAGCACCGCCUAAGAAGAAGAAGGCCAAGACGGCGAAGAAGGUUAGGGCGGAAGAUGACUCUGAUGUGGAAUCAGGGUCGGAUACGAAGAAGGAGGUGAAUCGGACAGGUGCAUUUCAUAAACCAUUUAACUUAUCGCCCGCUCUGUCUGAGCUUCUGGGCGGAGAGGUGACGCUUUCGCGCCCUCAAACAGUUAAGAAGGUCUGGCAGUACAUCCGUGAGAACGAAUUGCAAGAUCCUGCCGACCGUCGCCAGAUCCGCUGCGACGACGCGAUGCGGGCUGUCUUCAAGCAAGAUCGAGUCCACAUGUUCACCAUGACUAAGAUUCUGAAUCAGAAUCUUUACAAUCCGGAUGAAUAG